AUGUAUCUCGCUCUGGGCACAGGUGUGCUGUACGGCGUCGACAGACAAUUCUAUGCCUCAUCCAUAACCCGCAGUGCUCGCACUUUCGGUUUAGGUCUCAUCGUAGCCCUAGAUUACAAGAUCAAUUUUCGACCGAACCCUCCCCUCGCAACCUCGAUACCUGCGCUUCAUGCUCGCAAUGCAGAACGCCUGGCCGACCUUCUCCAGUCAAACGGAGGCUUGUACCUCAAAAUCGGUCAGGCCAUUGCCAUGCAGUCUGCCGUUUUACCCCCAGAAUUCCAGAAGAUGUUUGCCAAGAUGUUCGAUGACGCCCCGCAAAACGACUGGAAAGACGUUGAGCAAGUAAUAAGGGAGGACUUUGGGAAGUCUCCGGAAGAGGUGUUCGGCGUCAGCUUUAGUGGAGAUCCAAAUAAGGGUGUAAUGGAGAGGACUGCCAGAGCCAGUGCGAGCGUUGCUCAAGUCCACUGGGCAAGAUUACAAGAUGGAACAGAAGUCGCUGUGAAAAUACAGAAAAGGGAGAUUGCUCACCAAGUCGGCUGGGAUCUUUGGUCUUUCAAGGUAGUGACAAAGAUAUAUACCUAUUGGUUCGAUCUUCCUCUGUACAGUCUUGUACCCUUCAUAACAGAGCGACUGAUGCUGGAGACGGACUUUGUCAACGAAGCCGACAACGCUGAGAGAAUGGGGCAGCUCGUGGCUGGGGAGCCUCGUCUGCGAGACAAAGUCUACGUUCCCAAAGUGUAUCGAGAUCUAAGCUCGACGCGUGUCAUGACUGCAGAAUGGAUUGAGGGAGUACGACUGUGGGACAAAGAACACCUGACAAAACCCUGGGAAGGCAGAUGGAGACAAGGUAGUCCUGGGUGUCAUGGAGCCGCUCUUGAUCCUCCUAAACACCUGGAAGUCGCAGAUUUUGUUCGUAGUAACCUCAUUGACGAGAGACUCAAGCCUGAUCGGGAUUGGUGGAAGGGCAAAGAUGGCCAAGGUGGACUCGGUCUGUCUUUGAAAGAUGUCAUGACCACAAUGAUAGACCUGUUCUCCGCACAGAUGUUCCUCUGGGGAUGGGUACAUUGCGAUCCGCAUCCCGGAAAUAUCUUCAUCCGACGCUUGCCUUCCGGGAAACCAGAGCUCGUGCUCAUCGACCAUGGGCUGUAUGUGCACAUGAAACCAGAUUUCCGGCAUCAGUAUUGUCUCUUCUGGAAAAGUUUGAUGACUUUUGACAAUAAGACUUUGGGCGAAAUUGUCCAGAGCUGGGGCAUCAACAAUGCCGAUAUCUUUGCUUCCGCGACAUUGAUGAGACCUUAUACUGGCGGCGAUAACAGCACGUCAGCAGAGAUCAGGAAAGGCUUGACUGGUAAGGAGCAGCAAGAACGCGCGUAUGAAAUGCAGCAGAAGAUGCGGAAAGGCAUCAAAGAUAUCCUAGCAGACGAGAAGAAAUGGCCACAGGAACUUAUUUUCAUCGGUCGAAACCUUCGCAUCGUCCAGGGAAACAAUCAGUUCCUAGGCUCGCCGGUCAACCGUAUAAAAAUAACAGGCAAUUGGGCAUCGCGUAGUCUGGUCGAUAGCCCUGAUCUUAGCCUGAGCCAGAGGUUCAAGAAUCUUGGAAAUCAUCUGCUCUUCAAGUUCGUUCUCUUCGGCAGCGACGUGUAUUUUUAUGCUGCCAAGGUCAAGCAAUUCUUUGGCGCAGGUGGAGGCAUGGAGGAUGACAUGGAACUGCAGAUGAAGAAGAUUGCCAAGGACUUCGGGGUGGAGUUGAACCACGGCGUCUUUGAGGGGUGA